CUCGUGCAGGCUGUCAAACUGGUAUUUGAAGCGUACAGACCUACUGUAUGCCCCUUUCCCGUCUGCUAGAACUGUCUUUCUUAUUUUCUUAUUGAUUUGCAAAAUUCUAGAAGAAUGUUAAGUAUAGGAUUGUUAAUUUUGGCAGUAUCCACUGUCUUGGUUAGUGGCACUGAAUUAACGUUUGAAUUACCCGAUAACGAGAAACAGUGUUUCUACGAAGAUCUUGAGGAAGGAGUCAAGUUUGACAUUGAUUUUCAAGUUAUUGCAGGAGGAAACUAUGAUGUUGACUGUUUUGUAACAGAUCCGCAGAAUAACGUUCUAUAUCAGGAGAGGAAGAAACAGUAUGACAGCUUCUCUCACACCACAAUCUUGAAGGGGGUUUACAAAGUCUGCUUCAGCAAUGAGUUCUCCACCUUUUCUCAUAAAAUUGUUUACCUGGACUUCCGUGCAGGAGAAGAAAGGCCGUUACUUCCUGACAUGAACAGAGCCACAGCUCUAACACAGAUGGAAUCUGCCUGCCUGUCCAUCCAUGAGAUCCUAAAGGUAGUGUCCGACUCUCAGACAUGGUAUCGACUGAGGGAGGCUCAGGACCGCAUUCGAGCUGAAGAUCUGCACGACCGGGUGUCGUACUGGUCCAUUGGAGAGACAGUAAUACUGUUUGUGGUCAGCCUUGGUCAGGUCAUGAUGCUCAAGAGCUUCUUCACUGAGAAGAAAACCAAUGUAGCCACUAGCACUUAAGCUACUGUUACUUGAUGUCAACCCUAAACCAAUCCUUUCCUCCCCAUCAUCCACAUACCACUCCCCCAGGCCUUUUUGAAACGUACUUAAUUAUAUUUACAAUGCUGCCCCAAAGUGCAUUUUUUGAUAUUUGAACUGUUGUGUGUGGGUUGAAGAAGAAGGCACUGCACAGUUGCACAUUCCUAGUGAUACAAUUCAAUUUUGGGACAGGUAUAUGUAGUCAACUAAAACUGGUGAUGAAAAACACAGCAGAAUGACUAGUUCUGUACCUGUUUGUAUCAUGACUACUAUGGUAUCUUCCAUCUUAUCACAAACUGCAUGGUCACCUUAUCUCAACCCUGAUUUGAAGAUGUGUAGUACUUGAAAAAAUUGUUACAAUACACCCACACAUCACCAGUGUAAUGUCUGACCAGGUUAUGAAGUGGAUUAGCAAACUUACUCCCAAAGAAUUCAUAAGGGAGAUUUUCAAGCUCCAACUCAAGUGAUUUUUUUGCCUUUUCUUUCUUUGUCUCUUUUGAACAUUCUCAAACAUCAAUUCAGACAGAACUUGAAACAAGAAAAGUUCAAGUAAAGAACGAGGUUGCCUUUCAGCAUGCAGCAUCCUUGAGCUGCAUUCAAUUGUUAAAGUCAUUGUUCAGAGCACCUGUUUACCAGCUGUUAAACAUCUGUUACAUAUUUUGGUGACCUCUCUAACUGAAAAGAGUCCCAGUUGUAUGUGAAUGAAAUUUAAAUGUGUGACACAUUUCCGUUAAACUGAUAAAAAUGUAUAAUUAUUGCCUUACUUUGUUACAUGUAAAGCUGCAAUGGAAAUGGUAAACAUUUUUUGCCAAAGGGAAAGCUGUUUGAUACUGAAGAUAAAAAUUUUAGUACCUCCCGUGAA